GGCACACAUACGCCACACACACACACACACGCCACACGCCACACGCAAAUGCCAAGGUCCAAUGUCCACUGUCCACACACACUAAGCCCUUCUCAACAAACAAACACACACUCUUCUUCGUCCAUUCAUCGCCUCGGCUCUGUGAGGCCUCCGUGGCUAUCUACCUCUGUAUUACGACUGACGCAGACGCACGGGGCGGCGGCUGUGUGGUCAUACGACGGGUAUCGGUGGGGUGCAUGCCAUGUGCCUCGAACAGCUUGUCAUCGAGCAUCGCGGUCGACUCCUCCACACACUUGGCCACCAUCCUCCAGUAGCCCACCCACUGCAUCACCUGCGUGUCCGCCAACACUAUGUGCUUGGCCGGUGUUGGGGAAGGGGUGGUGCUGUGUCCGCUGCUCCCGGUGCUGCUGGCCUGCAUCAUAUCCUUGACUGUCGUCUCUGCUGCUGGUGUGGGUGUGAAUGCGGGGGCUCCAGGCGGCCGCAGAGGGAUGACUUGGUACGGGAUUGGUGUCGUUGUUGCUGUGGGUGUUGCGGCAGGCGCGCUCCCGGUUUGGUGGAAGGCGGCCGCGAGUUCGAGCUGCAUCUUGCUAAGGGUCUCGGAGCAGGUCUUCGCCAUCUGGUGCAAUGCUGCAGUGCAGUGCACCACACAUCACAUCACAACACAGCACAGCACAGCACAGCAGACCACACAGUGUCAGAGCCCACACGGGCUCUCUCCUCUCCUGUCCGUAGGCACCCACGCACCCACCUUGUCCUUCCGACUCCUGGAAGAAGACGAAUGCGGCGCCCUUGUGCUGCACGGCAGCUGACGGUGUCGGUGGCACUGUUGUCGUAGGACCGACAGUGGUGCUCCUCAUCGGCCCAGUCGCCGCGCCAUGUGGGCCAACGCUGGCGGCGUAAGCCUUCGGGCCAGGGCCCGUCUCCUCAUCUACGGUAGGAGUGGAUGCAUUCGACGGCCUCCCCGUCGUUGUCGGCUGCGGGAACAGCGGCGUGGGCAGGGGGGUGGUGGUAGUGGUGGUGAAGAGGUCAUACAACGGCUUGAACACGCUCGAUGCGGUGGUGGUGCUCGGCUGCUGUGUAGUAGUGGGUGGGGCGGAACUGCUGGCCGCCGCGGAUGUGUUCAUGGUCUGGCCCGUGGCAGUGGGCGAGGGGCUCAUGGUCGUGGUGGAUAAACCACCCGCAGCGGCGGUAGGGCCGGAUGGGGUGCCAUACGGCGAUGGCGGCGAUGAAGUGGUCACCUGGGAGGGAUCUUGCGCUGCUCGAAGCCUGAUCUGCUUACGCACGGCACCUGGCGGCCGCUCGUCUGGCAAAAGAUCGCUGCGGUGGGCCGUUGUCGCGGCAACGCUCAGCAACAGCAGAAAAAUGGAAUACAUCGCGCUGGGGUGAACACGCAUUGACUCUGCAUGCAUUCACG